AUAUGAUACAGAUGUUAUCUCUGUAAUGUUUAAUUCCUAAUACAGUAGCUCAUUCGCACAUGCAAAUCACUUGUAAAACAUUGUAAUAAUGUUUUAAGUUCUCUUCAAUGCAUGAACAAGUAUAUGCAGGCGGUAGACUAUUGAGCCAUGCAGUGCUCCUUUGAUUGGAGAAGCUCAGCCCUUUCCUAGUAUGCGGCUAUACCCUGCAUUUGAAUUUGGCACCUCCAGCAUGUAAAACAUAUGACUCUUCCUGCCUUGUUUGUGCAGAGAAGGGGAGAAGACAAAUUCUCCAUUAUGUUUAUAAUUGCUGUCUGUUGCUAUAGCUAGGUGGUUAGGAAACUGCUUUGUAGUGUGUGCAGUGUGGUUUCAGGUACUGAGGGUAGUAUCCAAUGUAGUACUAUGACAAUCCUCCCUUUGCUCUUCCUCCCAUGUGUUGUUCUGAGAGUUCUUCUGAACACCGCCCCGUGCCAAUUAUGGGAAUUGUGGGGGUGCACAAGGGAGAAGAGAGGGGAACCCCACUGCUCAAACAGAAGUCAUUGCACAGGGCUUCUGCUGAUGGGGCUUGUUAGGUGAAUUCCACCCAAAACAGUUCCCUCUCUUUUGCCUCUGACAUGACUUUUGGUUUUGUUUUGUUUUUUUGCCAGGCAUGGAAGAGGUGAGUUGAAACAUUUUCCUUCUGGUGAGGCAUAAAGUACCACGUUAACAAUAACAACAGCAGCAGCAGAAGCAACACAUAAGGUUCUUCCAUGUGACAUUUGUCACCAAAGGAAAAAGACUGUGCUGAAAUCAUGGGAGCUGAAGAAGAAGAGGUCGUUGUCACUCUCUCUGGAGGGGCACCCUGGGGCUUCCGUUUGCAGGGGGGCUCUGAACAGAAAAGACCCCUUCAAGUGUCAAAGAUCCGUAAAAGAAGCAAAGCAUGCCGUGGGGGCUUAUGGGAAAAUGAUGAACUGGUAACCAUCAAUGGGAAAUCAUGUGCUGGCCUCUCACAUGCCAGCGCCAUGCAGAUCAUCGACUCCUCAAAUGGCAUCCUCAACAUUGUUGUUAAAAGGGUGCUUAGUGAGAACCCAUCCGUUGAGGGGCUCCUUCGUUCCCCUUCCCCCAGGCAGCUGCAAGUGCCCUCGCCAACUUCACCGCUCAGCCGGGCCUCCCAGUUGCGCAGUCCUGAACCGGCCGUCCCCCCUGCUGCCCUGGAACCUGAGCAGCAGCCCCGACGGCAGCAGCCCCUGGAGAACAUAACCUCACCCCCAGAUAGCGAAGCGUACUAUGCCGAGACCGACAGCGACGCUGACAACAUUGCCCAGGAAAAGCACCGGAGAGCUCGCAAGAAGAGCCCCCGUUCUCCCCCAGGGGGACCAAACAAUAAAGGGGGCGAGCCGCAGGACGAAGUGUCCCUUUCCGAGCUGAGCGGGUACGACAGCACCCCCGAGGCAACAGCGCAAGCUGCCGAACGUGGAGAAAACCUCAGCGGCGUGGCCAAGAGGGAGAUAGUGUGCCGGCCAGAAAGCCGCACCGACACCCCCUUCUCAGAGAGUGAAGCUUUGCUACUGCAGCCACCCUUACCUGAAGACAGAGAGCCUUCGCCAGAAGCUAUGCUCCUCCCACAUGCAACUAAGAACAUUCGAGCAGAGAGGCACCUCAUCCCCAUGAUAGGGCCUGUGGAGCACCCCGUCGAUGAGGACCUGACCACCACCUAUGCAGAGAAAGCCAAACAAGCCAAGCUUCAUCGCAGUGAGAGUAUGCAGGAAAAGAAUGUGAAAGAAGCCAAAACCAAAUGCCGAACCAUUGCAUCCCUGCUGACAGAUGCACCCAACCCCCAUUCCAAGGGUGUCCUGAUGUUCAAAAAGCGCCGCCAGAGGGCAAAGAAGUACACCCUGGUCAGCUUCGGAAGCGUUGAUGAAGACCGCUGCUAUGACGAAGAGGACGGCGUCUUCCCAACCAGCGAAUCCGAGUUUGACGAGGAAGGCUUCUCUGACGCUCGGAGCCUAACAAACCACUCGGACUGGGACAAUACUUACCUUGACAUUGAGAAGCCCAAGGAGCCUCCUGCCCACGAGCAGGACCAGGCUCAACAAGGCCUCAGUGGAGUAUCAGGCAGGGGGGCGCAGUUGUUUGAGCAGCAGAGGCAAAAGGCUGGUGAACAUACUGUGGAGAGAGUCCCUACUCAUGAGCCAGAAAAACAGCCCCCACCUCCACCUGUCCUUCAAGCACAUAACAUGUUACACAAUGAAGCCCCCACUCCACAGAAGGCAGAAAGGGCCCCUCUGAGUGUCCACUUAGAAGCUGUACAGGUCUCUAGCCAGCUGCCGUCACCCAGCCCUGCUCAGCUCCAGUCUCCAUCAGGCAUCUUCGGAGGAGGAGGCGAGGGCUCCCCGAACUCGCCAAGUGCCACCAGCAUCUUCAACAGAUCCGCCCGACCUUUCACUCCAGGUUUUCCCGGGCAACGUCCUAUGACUUCCUCUGUCGUGUUCAGACCAUCUGCGCCAAGGAAAAGCAGUGAGAGUUUGGGUGGACAGAGAACAGCGGCGCCUCCUUUCUCCCCUGUCACUCCAGGGACCACUCAGCUUCCUGCCGCUCCCAUGGCAGUGCAGCCUAGUGGGCCAGCAAGUGCCUCUGUGUCUCUGUAUAUCCCAACCCCUCCAUCGUUGGUGCAGCUCUCAGGGGCUGGAAAUUCUGCGGAGGCCAAGCCACCUUCCAACACAGCCCGAACCUCCACAGCUUCCAUAUACCUAUCGGCACCUUCUAAGCCAGCUGCAGAGGCUGUCGCUGCUACACCCCCGCCAUUGCUGCCUUCCCAAGGCCAAGAGACGGCUUCUUCGGCUUUGUACAUCAGCCCAGUCCAACAGCAGCCCCUCUCCCAGCCCUUCACUGCUGUAGCGCCACCCAUCUCACGGCCUGCUUCUGAGCCCUUUGCCUCCAGGGAACAGAGAGUUGCAGUUCCGGCUCCUAGAACGGGUAUCUUGCAGGAAGCUCGCCGGCGGAGCAGCAAGAAGCCCAUGUUCAAGACUGCGGAGGAGAAGAAGAAGAAUUCCCCCAACCCCGAGUUGCUGUCUCUAGUGCAGAACCUGGACGAAAAGCCCAAAGGAGACCACCACGGGGCAGGCUUUGAGUCUGGGCCCGAGGAGGACUUCCUCAGCCUGGGGGCCGAAGCCUGCAACUUCAUGCAAGCCUCAGGCCGGAAAUUCAAGACCCCGCCCCCAGUUGCUCCUAAGCCCCAGCAGUCAAAGGCCUCUGGCGGACUGGUGAACGGCUCUUCUUCUGCCAACGACAUAUCCCAUUUGAAGGGGAAAGGGGCAGAGCUCUUUGCCAAGCGACAGAGCCGCAUGGACAAGUUUGUCGUGGAGUCUGCUCUCACACCGGCCCCAAAGGCCAGAACCCCAUCCCCGACCCCUUCCCUGCCUUCCUCCUGGAAGUACUCCCCCAACAUCCGCGCCCCACCCCCCAUCGGUUACAACCCACUGCUCUCUCCGUUUUAUCCCCUGGCAGCCAGCAGGUCGCAGGCCAGCAAGGCAGAGAGCAAAGUGAAAAAGGGGCCCAGCCAGAAAUCAGGGAUCAAGGCCAUCGACUUCAUGCGGCACCAGCCGUACCAGCUGAAGUCCGCCAUGUUCUGCUUUGGGGAUGUGCCAGGCUCUGACGUCCAGGCCUCCUCCGCAAGCCAGGCAGCCCAGCAGUCCAGCCUGUCUUUCACCCCGGCCAAGCAAAUGCCCGUGAAAACAGCCCGGACCUAUGAGAUCCGCCGCUUCUCCACACCUGCUCCAGCGCCGGCUUCCAGCAGCCUGGCCCCUACAGUGCUGGCCCCCCGCUCUGCCACCACGUUGGAUGAGCCUGUGUGGAGGACAGAAAUGACCUCCAUCUCUGCCCCCGCUUCCCCGGGGCCCUUCCAGGUGGCUCCCCCACAGUAUCUAAGCUCCCCUGACCUCAGCCAGCCAGGCAGGGGGCCUUCCCCAAGCCGACCCUCCUCAUCCUCCAGUUUCCAGGUAGCGAGACCCAGGUUCUCAGCUGUGCAAACUGGGAUGCAGGCACACAUCUGGAGACCAGGUUCUGGUCACCAGUGAAAGAGAAAUAGCGCUUCCCCAUCCCCAUCAGUGGGCUUCUUCACACGUUGUGGUUUUUUAGGUGUACACCUAAGGGUUGGGGGGACGUACAUCUUCAGAUUUAAAGUGUAAAUGCAGCAGUUUAUCCUAAAAGUGCACCCACCAGAGAGCUACGAUUGGCUGCAGCUCACUGCUGAGUUCCCACUUUGUGGCAAACCCAGGUUUGCUGCCGUGUAGUAAUGUGUUGAGAUGGCCCCCACACACAAGGCAGGCGUUUGAACAGAAUAGUUACCUUCCGCUCCUCCCCUCCCUUUUCUGUUUAAGUUGAGUUCCUGUAAAUUAGGACAAUGAAGCCAAAUGGGAGGCAAGCAGCCUCCUUUUCCGAAUCACUGAACUAUCCACUUUUUGGACUUGCGACGUUUCCAAGGGAUUUAACUGUGUGCGGCCGGAGCAGGAGAAAAGUAGCAACGAUAGAAGGGUUUGCCAUUCACGUAGCAGCAAGAUUCGUAACCGCCCUAGGAAAAGCAGUGCUGUGCAGCUGUAAGCAAGUGCAUUUUUAUCUCUGAGAACAGCUCCUCGCCUCAUCAUCCGGAAGCCCCGUGUAGCGUGAGCGUGGUGGUAAGGUGGAAAAGAAGCAGUCGCAGAGGCAUGGAUGGACCCUCCUAAUUGUCUCUCAACAUCUGCCUGCUAAAGCCCACAAAUUCAAAGUUUUCAUCACUCUCUUCCAAACAGGAUUGUCUUGGAAGCUUGUUGUGAGUUCCUUGGGGAGGCAGCCAGUGAUGUAUUGCAAGUUUCCGCUCAUGCUAGGUGUAAGAUACCCAGUCUUUGCCCUGCCUUAACUGAGAGCAAUGCUGUAGCACAGCCAAAGUUUUCCAAGGAAAUGCAAAUUGUUGUUAUUAUUUCUUAAAUUUGUAUACGGCCAUUCAUCUGAAGAUCCCAAGGUGGUUCACAACAGAAAAUCACUUUCUCUUUUGCAUUUACAGGAAAGGCUUGGCAGGCAUUUCCUCAGUAUCCCUGUGUUAUGUCUCUGUCUCCACAUUAGCAUUACGAAGCAAAUAUGGCGACUGCCAGGUAUGGCAUUUGCCUUGUAACAUGCCGUUCUCUCUUGAAAUGCCCCAAGACCAUGCCCCAGAAUCCUCUGCUUCUUCAACAGAUAAGUCGGAUAGAAAGUUUGAAAGCAACUGGUUGAAACAGAUGUGUGUGCCAUUUGCUACAUAAUUAAAUGAGACAGGAGACAUAAAUUCCUCAAAGUUUCCUGGUCCUCCUCUGAACAGCUGAACGAGAGGCUGUGCAGGACUACAAGGGCUGAAGAGCAGCGUGAGAUGAGAAUUCGAGGUAGAAGAGGCACAGAGGCAGCAAGGCAGUCAAAUGACUACUUCUUUAUGGCAGUAGUGGGGUGAAGGUGUGUGAAAAUGCAGGGAAGAUCUUCUCUCCAUCUCUCUCUGCUUAGUAGCCAAUUCGCGUUGGUCAGAAACCGGACAAUGUUGUGUGUCGAAGCACCAGAGAAGGAGAACCCUUUCAGAAAAAUGAAAGGAAGACCAAGUGUGGAAUUUUGGAGUGCAAGGUUUGACAUGAAUCUCUUGCUAGAAUAGGACACUGUAAGUGGGAGGGAGGAAUAUGUGAGCAAGUGUGGGAGUGGUUUUCAGAGUCCACAGGACAGAGUUUUAAGGCGUUCCUGUAUCUCAGAUGCUUGGUCCAAUGUCUGACAAGCUAGCAACUGGAAAUGCAAGUUGUAGACUCUUCCCAGGUCAAUGAAAGCUAGCAGGGGGGGAAAGGGAUGGCUAGGAGUUGUAUAUCUACCAGUACUCAAAGCCAGGAAGGGAUAGAACAGGCAGCUUGCUGGAAGAACUGCCCUGGAUGUGCUUGGGGUGUUUUUUGCAUCCUCAGAAGCAGAUGGUGGCCAUACUAAAACCAAGAAAGUGCGGGGGGGGAGAUGGCAUUAAUCAAUGUAAUAUCUUUAAUUUCUGUCGGCAUAACUUGAAGCUUCUGAGUUCGGCCUCUUUACCCAUUUGCAUGAGAAAAUAACUCUGUAAGAUAUGAAGCAAACCCAGUCCAUGUCCCCAAAUAUUUAAUAUGAUGGUAGGGAGAUCCGUUUUAACAAAAUGCUGUAUGGUGUAUACCUGAUUCCCACACAAACUUGACCUUGCCUGGCUUAUCUUGGCCACUGUCCAGGCCAGUUCACAAGGUAUUAUUUGUAUGGAGGCCCAGGUAAAACACCAAAGUACAAGGGACAGGCCACUGUUCCCCUGCCACCAGUACCCGCAGAAACAGGGGCCUAAUUAAGAGUUUGUACUCUUGGGGCAUUCAGUCUCUACUCAGAGAGAAGCGAGGGCAGGGCUUUUUUCCCAGCCGGAACUCACUGAAACUCCGUUCCAGCACCUCUCAGGUGGGUGCCAUUCUCAUUAUAAGAGAGCAAGGGAGGUGAGUUCUGGCACCUCUUUGUCUAGAAAAACAGCACUGAGUAAGGUUGAAUCGACUAGGCCCACGACCUCCUGUGGUGCAUCAUUGCUGCACAUUUUAGAGCCAUUCGUGAGUUUGGGGGUGAAGUUCUGAAGUGGGGAGGAUCCCCAUGUGAUUUAGAGCCCUAUGUAUUUGCACAUGAGGAGACUGAGCGGCUGAAUAAGGCUUGUAGCAUGGAGAAAAGCAUGUCUGCCAUUUGAAAUCAAUGCAUCACGCAUAUGUUUUGGCCAGUUAUCAUGAGGCUCAAAAAGCAGCUGAGAUGCCAGUUCCUUACUCCCUGCUGGUUGGAGAAGAUACACACACAAAAAUACAUAUAUACUGUAUAUAUGAGAAUGCUCCUGGUCCUGUGAGUCAGGUGAUCCCAAAGAGCCAAUCCCCUGUCACUGCCUGUUAUCGUAACAGUUUGGUGCACUCUUGUCUUAUUGUAGAUGGAGUCUAGAUAUCAUUGGACUACAAACUCCCACCAUUCCCAGCCACCUUAGCCAACUGUAAGAGAUGAUGGGUGUUGGAGACCAACAUCAUCUUGAGAUGCAAUGUUGAAGAACACAGGCCUGAUCUCAGCUGUCUGUUGCAGGAAGUUAUCCUUUCAGCAGGCGAUGGUGGUUGAGGUGGGGCUCCAAGUGCAAGAGGGUGGAUAGGUUCAAGGAAGAGUAGAUCUGAAAUACUGGUUAACAUUGUCUGAAGAAUACGAAGUCUGAAGAAUGCAAACCUGUCAUUCAAGAGGGAGACAGAUGGAGCACAAGGGUGGUUUGUAAUGUGCGGUUUCCACAUCCAGAUAUGUACUUAGGCCCAAGGUCAAAUAAGUUUGGGAGGCCUCAGCCUCCGUGUAGUCCUGCUGACCUUAUGCAGCCAAGUUUGAGUGUUGAGACCUAGCAAAAUCGGGCCUGGGGAGGUAGGGUUGAUCACUGGGACAUACUUCUCGAAGUUGCUGUGCCGUGAAAUGCAGAUCGCCAGUUUCUGACUCUUUUGAGCCUCCUGUGUGUUUUACAGCUGCUUGACUGUCUGCGAGAAGCACUGUAGUGAUGAUAGCAGAAGCUCCCUGGCCUGGCCUGGCUUGCUCUGCAGCAACCGAAGGUGGAAAAGCUCUCUUGGUGCCCUUUCACUAAGAGCCCUCCUGGAAAGGCUUAGUACAGGCAGGAAGUAUGGAUUAGGGUAGUGAUAGGCUUACCUUUGAAAACGGGUGCUGGGCACCAUGAGAAUGUAGAAGAUAGGCUCUUCCCAUUCCUUCAUCCUGACACAGGUUUUCAUCGUUUAAGAGGUGUGAAAUGGUGGAGGGAGGCAGCCUCUUUGCAAGAAGCAUGAGAAGAGAGCGCACUAGAGGAAGGGAUCCAGUGGCUCUGUUCUGCAUGACAGCCCCUAUGCUCUAGAAAGGUUCCAAGUCCUAUCUUACAGCUUAGGAAGUGAAACCAGGAGCUAGAAUUCAGAACAGCUUAGGAAGCAAUACCGGGAGCUAGAACACAGAACAAGAGUUGGGAGCAAGGCAUUUGGAGGAGCUCUUGAUGAGGCCUCUGUCAUUUUCACGGUCACACACAACCCAGCUGGAAACCACAUCAGUGAAAUUUUCACGUUACCCUUUGUCAGAUACCUUGUCAUUGUUUGCUAUUUAGACCGGCAGCUCUCUUGCUUCUCCAGGAGGGUGUUCAAAUUUCACAUCCAGUAAAUGAACCUGCCAGCAAGAUCCUGAAAUACACAGGGCUGUACAUCUCAAGCAGUAAGAAAACUUUGUUCUGUUCUUUCGGAAAUAUUUUUAUUUCAUUUUAUUUUUGAAGUUAAAAGUCACUUUACAACUGCUUGUGCUGAGGAAUAAAUUUCUGAUACGCACUUUAA